UUAAUAUAUCUCUUUUUAUGGCAAACAUAAAUAAUUACGGCAUUCUUUUGAAGUACAUAUAUAAUUAAUUAGGUUUUGACAAAAUUUUUCGUUUUUGUUAGGUUGGCAUCUGUGCUACAAAUGCAUACUAUGGCUCCCUUGUUUUUAGCAAGUGUUUUUUUCUUGGAUUAAAGUACUUGUUUUAAGAUAAUAAUGGAUACCUUUAUUGAAUAGAUGAAGUAUGGAAAAAUUUUUCAGAAUAAUACUUAAUGGACGUCCAACGCUCUUAACUGAACAACAGCUUAAUAUAAUUUCACAAAAUUGUGGUUAUUCAUGUUAUGAUUUAUCAGAUGUAAAUUUUGAUUAUGUCCCCGCUGAAGCAAUUUCAAAUUCAAAUGGGGAAGAUGGUUUAGUGCUUCAUAAUCAGCAAUAUUGCGGAUAUGAGACUGUCUACAUACAGGGUGUGGACGGAGUAUGUGAACAAGCAAUAGUAAUUACUAACAAUGUUAUACCAGUAAAAUUACAUCCUGGAGGGCCAGUCGUGAAUACUACUAACAUUACGCAGUUACAUUUUAACACUCCUCUUUCUUUUACCAAUAAAAAUAUUAUUCAUAGUAGCGGUGGAAUAAACGCAAUGAAUGAGAAUGUUAAUAAGGGAGGAGAGCCGUCUGUUUUUAGUAUUGUAACUGAGGAUGGUAGUGAAACUAUUGUACCUAGGGAAAAUGGAAUGGAAAUUUCCGAGAAUCAGCAGAUUCAGGUCAUCCAGGUCGAACCUCAAUCUGUCAUCACUGUUCCACCCGAUGAUACAACAACUCAUAAUACACAUAUAAUGCUUUAUAAUGUUAAAGGAGAAAAAAAAACAUUAUCAUUUCCAAGGUCUUUGUCUCAAUUGAGUUCAACGUUUGUAUCAAAAAGUGUUUCAAAGGCCAUUCAACAAAUGUUUGAGUUUAAUAACAAAUUAACAUUGGUCUUCGCUCCGGAUAGACCAGAAGAGAUAGUAUUUCAAGAUGAAUUGGAGGAAUCACCACAAUUAAAUAGGCGAAUAACUGUUCUUGUUCAACCUGAAGAUAAUGAUCUUCAAAAACAGGAGGAAGAAGAGAUGAGGGAAGUUUGCCUUUUCUGUGGGUACCCCACUCCUGACCUAGGAAUGUGUCAGAGGUGCCGGAGAACUUUGCCAGCUAAUCCUAGCAAAUCAGAUAAUGAUAAAGAAGAAAACAACAGUCCAGAGAAGGGUGAUUACAGAAAAAGGAAGUGCACCAAAAAAACAAAAAAAAAUGAAGAAAUGGUUUGUGUUACCAUUUCUUCAGAUGAAGAAGAUGAUACAGAUAAAUCAAAUAAAAGUGUAUCAAAUGGGGUUACAUUCCAAGAACCAACAACCUCAGUAUUUGACAAGGAGCCAAUAAUUACUGCUAACACGGAAGGCAACGAAUUUAAUUUUCCUGACUCCUUGCGAGGUGGUGGAAUUGAAAUCGAAAGUCUCCUAGAUAACACCGACUUAGAAAGGGCUACUUUGAAUUGCCGGACAGUAAGGUUUGGUACUUACAAAGUUGCUCCUGAAGAUAAAAUAAUUGUAACAGAACAUGGUCUCAAGAUUAAGGUUCCAUCACUUUCAAAAACUAAUAGUACAACUGUUAUCAAAAUCUUGAUGAAAGAUAUUGUCAAAGUAUUAAUCCACUUUGGAAACGUUUCUUCUACUGGUCCUACCAUGUUUUAUUACAUAACUCAUGAGGCUAGCAAAAAAAUACGAGAAGCAUUACACAUGAGUAGUAAGAAUAAGAAUCAUUACUUCGAUCCAACCAGUAAAGAGGAAUUACACAAAAGGAUUACAUUGCUUCCCGAUAAGAUCACUCAAGAAGACAGGUUAUUCAUUAAAUCAAUUUAUGAAUCCAGAUGUUUAAUGGAAGAAAUUACUUGGGACGAAGCUAAUGAUAUUCUUGUGAGAGCUGCUCCUAAAGAUAUCCAGCAGGAUUUAAAGAAAGAGAAACACAAUAUGAAAUCCAUCGCUUCAACUUCACAAUCUUCAACAUCAACAGGAAUACAAAUAAUCAUGGUUUAUCCACCGCCACCAGCAAAAGGUGGAAUUUCUAUAAACACUGAAGACUAUGCCUGUUUAAAAGAAGAUCAAUUUUUGAAUGAUGUCAUCAUCGACUUCUACCUUAAAUAUCUGUGGCUCAACGUCUUAAGUGAAGAAGAUAGGAAGAGGACUCACAUCUUUUCUUCAUUUUUCUACAAACGGCUGACUAUGUGCCCUCCACGUCAAUCAGGGAAUCAAGAAAACCAAAAGCUAUCUCCUGCGGAAAAAAGGCAUGCAAGGGUCAAGGGAUGGACAAAGUCCGUUGACAUUUUUGAGAAAGACUUCAUCAUUAUUCCGAUCAAUGAAAGGUCUCAUUGGUUUCUGGGUAUUAUAUGCUUCCCCGGUUUGACUGGUCCUGUCCGCAUGUCGGAUAAUCAGGCUGUUCCUAAUGUCAUCAGGAAAAAAACUGAUGCAUCAGUCCUCGCGGGUGGUCUCACUCCUGCUAAGAUCUAUGGAACAACAAUAACUGUUGUACCCAAAGAUAAAAUAACAAUACCUAAGGCCCCAACUAUAAGUCUGUUGGAGCCGGAUGAGGAACGGGAUGGCGAGUCUGAUCGUGAUGAGGCUGAAGCUGAUGAUGAUGAUAUGGAACCCAAUACCACUGAUGAAGAAUCAGGGAAAGAUGAAGAUCUAAUGGAUGAAGCUACACCUAGAGUUAACAGUAAAACCAAGGCUCCAUCAGAACCAAUAAAGCAGCCAAGCAUCCUAAUUUUUGAUUCCCUUGCAUGCACGAGUAGAUCUCGUGUUUGUGCCACCUUACGAGAGUACCUUCUAAUUGAGUGGAAAGUUAGGCAUCGAGGGAAACUGCGAGAUUUCUCAAAAGAUGUUUUUAAAGGAGCUGUUCCAAAGGUUCCUCAGCAAACCAAUUAUAUAGACUGUGGAGUAUAUGUGCUCCAGUAUGUUGAAGCAUUCUUUAAGAGUCCAAUAACUGACUAUCGAAUGCCUAUUCGAUCAAUCAAAGAAUGGUUCACAACAGAAGAAGUUAAUCGAAAACGUUAUGAUAUUAUGCAAUUGCUUUUAUCUUUGAUGAAGGAACAAAAUGUUGAUAUCCCUAGACUCAAUUUGCCUUUUUUAAAUUUGACUCCGUUUUCUCACUAUGAUGGAGAUGAAGAAGAAAUGGAAGAAGGUGACUUUGAUGAAGAAGGAGUCGAAGGUGAAGAAGAACCGAUAUGUGAAGAAGAAGAAGAGGAAGAGGAUGUUGAAGAGCAUUACAAGCUGGAGGAGAUUUUCAAUAAGACUAAACAGCGUUUUGAUCCUCAUGGUAGGUUAGAUCAACAGCAGAUAAGAUUGGAAGUCAAGCAGAGAAUGGACCAAUCGCCAAGAAGCGAACCACAAACACCUGCUCGCUUUGAGGCAACUCCUUCUCGCAUGGAAUCUGGAUCAACUAUACAACAGCUGAGAGCUGAAACAAUGAGAUCUGAGCCAAUAAGGUCACGUGUUACUGAGCAAGUUACAAUUUGUGAAGCAAGCUCUAAGAGAAAGCUACCUUUGAGUUUGAAAGAUAUCAGGAGCCCUAGAUUGCUGUCAGGGCAAACAUCUAUUGAAAAAGUGAAAAAGAUGAGAGUUGAGUGAGAUGGGACAUAAAAUGUUUCAAACAUUUUUUUUUUUUAAUCUGAACAGAGCCUUUUAAGUCUUUAAAAGUUAAAAAAAUUAAGGAAUUAAAAGGCUCUAUUUGUUUAUAACAGUAAAUAUUUAUAUACUUAUAUAUAUUUAUCAAGAAGUAUCAUAUGUAAAUAAGUUUAGUUAACAUUAAAUAAAAAAUACUUCAAUUGUUUUGGUUAUUGUAGGUGAUAGUUACAAAAGUGAAUAACUUUGUUAUUUGUAUUUUAUUGUCAGUGAUAUCGUUACGUUCUAUCGUGCUUCAUUGGAGUUGGUAGCCAUUUGUAGCACUUGUAAAUUUAUAUAUACAUAUAGAUGUAUAGCUUCUACAUCUGUCAUCAAGAGUAGAAUUCAUCAGUUAUUCUUGUAAAAAGAAACAACCUGAUUAUAAAUAAAAGACUCUUUAGAUUAAAGAAGUUCCUUGGCAUGUAGAUGAUAUGUUUUAUAUGUUUAGUAUUUAUAUGUAUUUUUUUUUUUUAUUUGAUUUACAUUUUACAAAAUAGAUUCAUUUUUUCAGCUGAACUUUUAAUAUUUGUUUAUUUUUAAAUUAAUGUGUACAAUGUAUAAUUUAAGUAAAAACUGAAAAAUAGAUGUUGAAUGAUUUUGCUAUUUUUAGACUAUAGGAACAAUAUAGAAAAUAUCUAAAAUGUGUGUAUUAAUUUCCCUAAAAUGGGUAUAGUAUUAAUAAUUACAGUUAUUUUCAUGAAAGUAGAAGCUUGGUCUAUUCUGGGAUGUGGUAUGAUAUUGAGUUUAAUUUUUAAAAACUUAAUUUCAAUUAAUCCGUCUUGAUGAUGAGUUUAUGUGGUGAUCUGUUUUUUUUUUUUUUAAUAACUGUUCUAUUUUUUACUUUAAAGGUGAAAAUUCUUUAUUUUUUUAAGUAGUGAUAGUCUUCAAUUAAAUUCCAUUUAUGUAUUUCAUCUGAUAUGAUCAUGAUUUCUUGAUUCAGUGCCUAAGCUGCCCUUUUUAAGUUGUUUGGAUACACUCUUGUGGCUGGGAGUAUUUUUCAUUUGGUUUUGAAACAAAAAUUAAAAAUUUUAACGGAACUCCAUAAAAAUUAGAAUUUUUUUUUUAACUUGUUUUAUAUUUGUUGAAUAUAUUAUAUGUUUAAUUAUUAUCUAAGGAGCAAGCAAGCAGCAAUCACAAGUUGUUAGCUGAGCGUGGUUGAUCUCUUGGGAGGGUGUAAAUAUUAUAUGUAUAUUAUAUUAUGUUUGGCUGCUACUUUUGUUAGAAUGUCACAAGUCAAAUUUUCUGUACUCUUUAAGCAGUCCUCACAGUUUUGUUAAGCCUUUCACAAAGGCUGUAGAAGAAAUGAAUAUGAUUUCGAUUUCACCAAGCUCUUGUUUCUUUAUCUCUUUCUAUUAUAACAAUUGUUAAAAUGGACCAAUAAGAUUGUGAAGUGUGGAUUAUCCAUUUCAUAUUAGGUUGUGUUUAAUUGUAAUUACAAUUACAUUUUUUAUAUUUUAUGUAAUUAUUAAAGUGAUAGCUGAAUUUUGUAAUGUGCUGAAGGACUAAUUUUGCACACUAAAUAUUGUAAACUUUAAACAAAAUAUUUCGUGCCUAACCUAAUAAAAUAUCAGUCUAAAUUUUUUUUUUCCACAUAAAACUUAAUCAUUUUGUUCAACCUACAUUUUGACUUUUUUUCCCCUAUCCUUUGUAUGUAACUAAACUGUUU